AAUAAGCAUAUGUUUUCGAUUCUCACGUGUCGCCGCACCGUUAACGUUUCAGAAACUCCCUUCAUACUCGAUGGAUUCCCCAGGAACCUCCACUCUCGGCCAUCCGGCCGAUCCAACGGCGGAGGACGGAGGAACAUCGUCUUCGCCUAACAUCCUCGAUCUCACCAGCUUCCAGCUCCAUGAUCUCGACGCCGUUGAGCUCCCCCUGAGUCUCUCCGAGCUGGACUUGACGGCAAACCGUUUGUCGGCGUUAGACCCUCGUAUUUCCGGGCUAUCGAAUCUCAAGAAGUUGUCCUUUCGUCAGAAUCUCCUUACAGACGCAGCCAUCGAGCCUCUUUCGUCGUGGCAAACAAUAUCCGAACUUGAGGAACUCGUAAUCAGGGAUAAUCAGCUUAAGAAACUUCCAGAUGUUAGCAUAUUUAAGAAACUUCUGGUAUUUGACGUUUCAUACAAUGAAAUCCUAUCACUUAGUGGAUUGUCCAAGGUCUCUAGUACAUUGAAGGAACUCUAUGUCUCUAAUAAUGAAGUUACAAAGAUGGAAGAGAUUGAACACUUUCAAGAGCUGAGUAUUCUUGAACUUGGGUCAAACAGAUUACGGGUAAUGGAGAAUCUGCAAACUUUAAUAAAUCUACAAGAGCUAUGGCUUGGCCGCAACCGUAUUCGAGCUAUCAAUCUUUGUGGCUUAAAAUGCAUUAAGAAGAUUAGCAUCCAGAGUAACCGUUUGACAGCAACAACUGGAUUGGAGGAAUGUGUUGCUUUGGAAGAGCUAUACCUAAGCCAUAAUGGUAUUGAAAAAAUGGAAGGCUUAUCAACCUUGGUAAACCUUCGAGUCCUGGAUGUGUCAGCAAACAAGCUUACUGCAAUUACUGGUAUUGAAAACCUGACUAGCUUAGAAGAUCUCUGGCUGAACGACAACAACAUAUCAUCUCUUGAAGGCAUAGCUGAUGCAGUUAGUGGUUCACGACAGAAGCUGACGACACUCUAUCUCGAGCGCAACCCAUGUGCAAAUUCUCCCAACUACGUGACUACUUUGAGACAAGUUUUCCCAAACAUUCAACAGCUGGAUUCAGAACUGUUUGGAUAAGCCAGAAGAAACAUCAUCAGCUCUAAUCUAACAGAUGACAUGGUGAGGUUCCUAAAAGAUGUAUGAUCCGUCAGCUUCAUCAGUUUCAAGAUGCUGCCAGUGACAGUUCUUUUAUUCAUUUGUGAGUUGUCAAUUUAUAAUAUUGCAUCCUCAGAAGCUAUAGCAUUAGCAGUUAUCCUCACAUGAAGUUUGUAAUUUAAAUUGCUUUUUAUAUCUCAGCUGUCUUGAAUUCUUCCAAUUGUCUUGGUUUUUUUGCCUCAGGUUUAGAAAAGUCAAAUUUGACCAAUGUACAUUUUUUGACUGAAUAUAAUUGUACGCAGCUUUGAAUAUUAAUCAUGUAAUGUUUUUUAGAAUUCACUUAUUUAUUUCACUAAAUCUAUCAUGUGUCAGGUGUUUGUGACUUGUUUUCAACGUACAUAAAGAUUAGCUGUUUUUGAAUCAUUGGGUAAAAAAUUGUUUGAAACCUCCUUCAAUUUAUUUCGCCUCUGGCUAUACCGCAAAUCGAGGAUGCAGUGUAGGACAGCAGGAGUGUCCGAAUGGGACUAUGAGAUCAUGUGCAUCACUCUUUACAUCUCCACAUGUGGAGGCUAUCAGUUAUGUUUGAAACAUCCUGCAAGACUUGUUUACUUGUGACUUAAUAGACUUGUUUACUUGUGACUUAAUAGACUUGUUUACUUGUGACUUAAUCCAGACAAUUAGAAUCAUGACUGAUGACUUAAUAUUUUUUGCUAUUAAAAGAUGAGUCAUUCAUGUAGCAAAAAUAUUGACUAAUUAUUAAGAUGUACAGAGUAAUAUAUUACGUAUUAGCUAUUCCUAUUAAGGCACCUAUUAAGAUUUAAGAUGUUUAUCUAGCCAGGUUUUUUCAAUUGAUUGGGGAGUAGAUGUAAGUUAGGAUGUUUUUACACCUAAAUGAGCAAUAGCGAUUCAUUUACUCAGAACAUUAAAUAAAAUCAUACUGUUGGAUCAUAUUGGUGAAUUGAGCUGGACUGAAGUCACUGAACCGAUACAACUUAGACGAAAUUUUUUACAGUAGAAAUAUAGACUUUUAAAUUUAGGUAGGAAUGGGCCUAGGCCGGUUCCAGUUCGGGCCUGGGCCUGGCCGGGCUUUUGAACCGGCCCGGUUGACCGGCGGUUCCGGGCCGGUUUCCGGUUCAAUGUUUUCUAUAUUCUUUUGUUUUUCCAAAUUACCCCCGGGCCCCGACCCCCUCCCCUUCACCCCCACCCCCCAAACCCCCCCAAAACACUCAGCCCUACCCGGUAGAAACAAAAAAAAAUUGAAAAAAAAAACAAAUAAAAAACAAAUAAAAAACAAAUUAGGCCCGAACCGGCCGGGCCGGUUCAACAUUUUCAUGGCCCAAGCCCGAACCGGGAGUUUAGCGGUUCCAGUUGGCCCGAACCAGCCCCAAGACUGGGUACUGGGCCGGGCCCAAACAGUACCGGGCUGGUUCCGGGCCGGGCAGCCUGACCCGAGUCCACCCCUAAAUUUAGGUCGGGCUGGGACCAGGGCUUGCCCUCCUAGCUACGCUCUUUUGUGCGUGUAAGUCUACGAAACUAUAAAUUAUUAUAAAGUUCAUUGUAUACGCAAACUUGAUUGAUUGUCCAUCUUCGUCACAUACCACAAAUUUCUGCCUAAAUGCACUUGUUACUCUCGAUACCAUCACAUGCAACUAUCCAUUCAUAAGAAUGAGGCAGCACAGGAAGAUGUCAACCUUCUCCAUUGACUAGUCUACGUGUCACUAAGGUUUUUAUGCUAGUAUGGAAAUAGAAGAAGUAAAAAAAAUUACUCCCUCCGUCCCGGGGAGAAGUUCCCGGGUUGACUUGCACACAUUUUUAGGAAAUAAAGUUACUGAGGGGUAAAUUUUACUGUUUUGCACUGUUUCGGCAUUGUUUGGCACUGUUUGGCACUGUUUAGCACUGUUUGACACUGUUUUAAUGUAGG